GCGCUGCAGCGGGCUGAUGCACAAGGGCUGCUACCUGCUCCUCUUGAUCGGGGUCGCAGCCGAUCAGGUGCUCGUGAUGCAGAGGUUCAGUCUGCUCCAGCAGGUGGCGCUCAUGCACCAGCAGGACCACCAGUGGGACUUGUUCGGCGACUCCGUCGAAGUCGCCCGCCCGGCUGCUGGUUGGACCAGGCGGCCUGUAGCCGACCCUGGGACAACAGACCCUGGGGCGGGUAUGUUGUUCCAGGGUCCGAGGUGUCCUGCGUUGAGGCCGCCACAGGGGCCUGCGGGGCCGCUGGAGACAGGUGGAGGUAGACUGUAGGCCCAGGGCUACGGCAUCUUCGAAUACUGGCGAGCUGGUGGCUGAGGGUCCUGAUCCACACGCCGACGAGCCUCAUGAUGGUGCCGAUGGGCUCCAGGGCAAUUCGCGGGCAGUUUCUUCAGUGAAGACGUGGACGAUCACGACCUGUAACACCACGUCUUGGGCUUCCUGUCAGCAUUUUCUUCAGGAGGAGGCUGUAGGCGACAUCGUCCUCUUGCAGGAAGUUGCAGUUGCUCCAGCCGACAAGGGCAUGGCGGAGACUUCGCUAGGUCGGCUCGGUUGGAAGGCCAAGGUUUCGCUAUCUGUCUCGACGGGUGGGGGCCUCUCGUCGGGGAUUGUCGUCGGGGUCAAACCGCGCAUAGGCCUGGCU